CACACAAACACACACGUCUUAUGACUGCUGGUACCGAGACCUGAACGAAGCGUGGGGCGGAAACGACCCUCGGUGCGCCGCUCGCUGCUCCUGCUGCCCGGGGAACCGGAGGGAAGCGUCAAUGCCUCCAGGUCUGCUUUCACAUAUUGGCCUGGACCUGUUCUCGUCAUCGGGCCUCCUGCGCUGAGAUAAUGAAAGGAUGGCCGAGCAGCGAUGCGGGGACCACGGAGGGCUGACGGAUGCUGCUGCAGCGACUCGCCGGGAUGAGCAGCAGCAGCAGCAGCGUCACCACACGAUGAAUUUAACGGAGGAAGCAGGAGCGGAGGAGCUGUCUUUGGAGCAGAUACUGAGGCUUUAUAACCAGCCCAUCAAUGAGGAACAGGCAUGGGCGGUGUGUUACCAGUGCUGCAGGACACUGGCGAAGGGACACCGGAGCAGGAGGAGCUCCUCCGCCGUCGCCGGAGCAUCAUCUGCGGCUUCUCCGAGGAGGAUAUCCGGACCGGGGGAUGUUAGGGUACAGAAAGAUGGGUCUGUGAGGGUGGAACACCAGGGCUGUGAAGGUAAAUACAGCCCCUGCACACCAGCAGAGGUGAUUGAGUCUUUGGGCAUCAUGAUCUACAAGGCUCUGGACUACGGGCUGAAGGAGAAUGAGGAGAGGGAGCUCAGCCCUCCCCUGGAGCAGCUCAUCGACCUCAUGACCAACAUGGCUGACGCCUGCCCUGACGAAGGUUACGAGGCCACGGAGGAAGAGGAUGAGGGAGAGGAUGACCCUGACGACAUCUCUAGUGUUCACGGCUACAGAGAUGUCCUCAAGCUGUGUACAGCUCAUCUACCCAGUCUAUCGGACGCCCCCAGUCACUACCAGGCAGUGUGUCGGGCUUUGUACACAGAAACCAGGGAGCUGCGCACUUUCCUGGAGAAGAUUAAGAGUGCCAAAGAGAACCUCCGUAAAAUGGAGGAAGAGUCGUCAGAGGAGCCUGGCCGAGACCUGAACGAGCUGCAGAAUGCUGACUGGGCUCGAUUCUGGGUGCAGGUGAUGAGGGACCUGCGUGAAGGAGUCAAGCUGAAGAAGGUGCAGGAGCGUCAGUACAACCCUCUGCCCAUCGAGUACCAGCUCACUCCUUAUGAGAUGCUCAUGGACGACAUCAGGUCCAAACGUUACAAACUGCGCAAAGUCAUGGUGAAUGGGGACAUCCCGCCCAGGUUAAAGAAGAGCGCUCAUGAAGUCAUCCUGGAGUUCAUCAGGUCCAGACCACCUCUCAACCCUGUGUCAGCUCGCAAGCUGAAGCCACAGACUCAGCCUCCUCCUACUCUGCAUGAACGGAUCCUGGAGGAAAUCAAAGCAGAGAGGAAACUUCGACCGGUGUCGCCUGGCGAGGUCCGCAGGGGAAGGCUGGAUGAGUUCAGUCCGUACAUGGGCAGGAGGACAUCCAGCUCUCUGUCUCUAACCAAUGGAGCGGCAUCUCCCAGAGUAGAACCCUCUGGAUCUCAGUCCGCACCCCAGAGGAAAAGGCUCCUGAAGGCUCCCAGCCUCGCCGAGCUGGACAGCUCUGACUCCGAUGAUGAGAUUGUUGGGCGCAAAUCAGCCAGCAGCUCCAGUGUGGCUACAUCUUUGAUGGAUGAUACAUCCCCCGAGUCUGCGCUGGGGAAGAAAACUCCCCCCAUGUUCCUGCCCAUCUCCUCUACACCUCAGCCAGAGAGGCGUCAGACCCCCCAGAGGAGACACUCCAUCGAGAAGGAAACCCCGACCAACGUACGACAGUUUCAGCCUCCGUCCAAACAGAACUCCAAGUCUCUGGAGGAGUUCUGCUUCCCUGUGGAGUGUCUGUCUCUGACAGUGGAGGAGGUGAUGCACAUCAGGCAGGUGCUGGUUAAAGCAGAGCUGGAGAAGUUCCAGCAGUACAAAGAAAUCUACAACGCUAUGAAGAAAGGAAAGCUUUGCUUCUGUUGUCGAACCAAAAGGUUUUCCUUUUUCACCUGGUCCUACGUCUGCCAGUUUUGCAAAAAGCCUGUGUGUUCACAGUGCUGCAAAAAGAUGCGGCUGCCAUCCAAACCUUAUUCCAGUUUGCCCAUCUACUCCAUUGGCUCAACCAACACUCUCCCCAGGGAGAGGAUAAGUGCCCUGGCUGCUGUAGGACAAGGGCUCUCUGUGGCUGAAGGGCCGGGGCCGUCAGCAGUGGGAGGGGCCACGGCAUCGCCCACUCUGAAAGGAACAACGACAGGAGCGUCUAAAGGAGCUGGAAAAGCUUCUGGAGCAGCAGCUGCUGCUAAAUCGGAGAAAUCCUCCGGCAGCCCACAGCGCCACAGCAUCCAGAAGACCAUGUCCAAGUUUUCGAAGCACGGCUCUUUAAAGUCUCAUGAAGAACUGGAGCUUCCCCCAGAGCUGACAGAGGACUGGGCCACCAUGGAGGUGUGCGUGGACUGUAAGAAGUUCAUCUCUGACAUUAUUGCCUCCAGCAAGCACAGCCUGUCACUGGCAACCAAGAGGGCUCGCUUAAAACGCAAGACCCAGUCCUUCUACAUGUCCUCGCCUAAAGGAAGGGAGGAGUACCGGCCCUCCGAACGAACAAUCAACGAGAUCUGAAACUCCUUAUCUCUCUCUCUCUCUGGCUGCUUUCAGCUCCAAUUGCACAAUUAAAAAAAAAAACUCUGUGGAUAUGAUGUUACUGUACAUGUAUUCCUCAGUCAGAGAAAUGUCAGAAUGGCUGACGUGAACCUUGGUAGUGGACAGUGUAGUAUUGUUGCUGUGUCCUGAUCAUCGUGUACAGCUCCUCCAGACAGCAGCAUACUGUAGACUUUUACUUCCUUUUUUUUUUUUUUUACAGUAUCAUAAAUGAUCCUUUAAUCUCUGGCCACAGACUUUUGACCUCAAAGUGGACUGAUCUCCCUCCCCUCUGAUGGCACAAAAGCAUGGUCCAUCGCAACUCACGUUCAAAUCAAUAAGCACAAGAGAGAUGAUGGACUGAUGUGUGUUUGGCUUCCUCAGGCACUGGCACCUGCAGAGAGAUCACGUUGUAAACUGACGGUGACGAUCAAGAAACUAUGGGAUAUGAAACAGUAGGUUUUGUAUGGGUUUGGAUUUAGUUUUUUAUAUAUGUGUGUGUGUACAGUAAAUGAUUGUUCACGGUUUGUUUUUAAUUUGGAGUUUUAUUUUGCUGAUGAUAUUUUUUGUCUUGAGGAUUUUCUCAUAUCUGUUUUUUUGCAUCACAUUUAGAAACAUUGUCUGUGUUUAUGCAGAAUUAGUGCCAAAUAAGAACUUCUUUCUCAUCAGUACGUCCCCAGAUGCAUUUCUACAGUUUGCCACAAACAAAAUCACAUUGCAAACUGGGCCAAUUCCUGCUUAUUAAAGCCCCUGGACACAUCAUAAAAGGAAUGGUCGACAUUGAUGCAGCAGAGGCUGAGAUACUGUAACUUUUAGUCCUUAUAUGGGUAAAGCUCCCAAAAUGCAUUAUUUCCCAGAAUGCAACUCCACAGCUCUCUUUUGUUACCCCAUCCCUGUCUGGUAGAUGGCUGUGUCUUUUAUUCCUGGUAACAUCAUGAGGGGUUAUUUCACAUUACCCAGCUGUUUUCACAGGCUGAGCUGUGUUCCCCAUAACUUCACGUGUAAAACUGGUGGAGUACCCCUUUAAGCAAACAACUCCUCAACUGCCAUUGGAUUUAUGUUCCUAAAUCCUGAUUGGUGCAUCAAAAUACAUGACAUCACCUGUUUCCAACUGAGCCCCACCGACUUCAAACCACUGACAAAAGCACAAGACAGAAAAAAAUAAUAAAAUAAAAAAUGAUAAUAAUUAAAAAAUGGAAAAAAAAAAAAAAAAUCACAGAAAUAACCAAAGCUGUUUCAACUUUCACAGAAAA